CCACGAGUUGCAAGUUGCAACUGCCAACAGAGGCUACAGAGCGUCCUAGUCCGUCAUCAGGCUAGGCCCAUGCUCUCGCAGCCCACUAGACAAGACAAGCCCCGACCGCCUGUUCUAACUUCUCACAAGGCAAGCAAAGAAAAGCGUCAAAAGUCAAGAUGAAGACCGCCGCCCUCUUCUCUACGGCCGCUGCCCUCAUGGCCACCGUCGCUGCCUGCACCACGCAGCUGAGCGUCAACCCACGCCUCAUCUCCUACAACAUCCGCCUGGCGACCAACAACCCGGGCGCCGCAGAGCCGCGAUGGCGAGACCGCCUCCCGGCGCUCCUCUCGCAGCUCAACUACGAGACGGCCGCGCGCCCCGAGUCGCUCGUCUGCAUGCAGGAGGUCGUCCCCACGCAGCUCGCCGACGUCGCCGCCGGCCUGGGUCGAGACUGGAACCACGUCGGCGUGGGCCGCGACGACGGCAAGAACUGCGGCGAGUUCAGCCCCAUCUUCUACCGCCCGGACACCUGGGACAUGCUCGCCAACACCACCUACUGGCUCAGCCCGACCCCGGACGUCCCGGGCUCCCGGGGGUGGGACGCCGCCCUGCCGCGCAUCGUCACCGUCGCCCACCUGCGCCACAUCAAGUCCGGUCUCCCCUUCGUCUACAUGUGCACUCAUUUCGACCACGUCGGCCAGGUCGCCCGCGUCGAGAGCGCGAGGCUCCUCGUGCGUCUUGCCCGGAAGUAUGCCCGGUCGACCAGCAGCAGCACGGGCGCCAGCGAGGCGGAUGCGACGCCCGUUUUCCUCGGCGGUGACCUCAACAUCCGUCCCGAUAACCCUGCUUACCUCGAGAUGAUUGCCCCGGGCCACUACCAUGACGUCCGCCACGUGGUGGGCGAGAGCCGGAUCCAUGGCCACUUCUACACCUUCACUGGCUUCCAUGCCGGCAACCCCCCUCAGAGCUCCCUGAGUCGUAUCGACCAUAUUUUCGUUUGGAGGAAGGAGGCUCGGAACAUGGACCUUCUUACGUACGGUGUCGUUGAGAACCGCUUUGACGAUGGUCUUUGGAUCUCUGACCACCGCGCCGUUGUUGUCGACGUCAACUUCCAGGUGACCAAGGAAUGCGAGCCAAGGGCCGAGCUCUGAACGGUGAACCCACACGGCAAGCCACCAAUUCGGGACAUAAAAGACUUGAAUGGUGUGAGGUGUUCAGCUCAGAUCGUCCAGUCCACCCAUAGUUAUUUAUCUCUAUACGGGCAGGAGCCCUGCUAAAUAUACGUUAUUUCUAGAAGA